GGAGCGGGGUCGGGACGGGAAUCGGGACCAGGAACUGCAGCCUUCCCUCACCCCGCCGGCCCCGGGUUCCGCUGUGGGGCCGUCGGGGCCAGGCCGGGCGGCCUCUGUAUCACCGGGCUCUGACCGGAAUUGUCACCUCAGAGAAGGAGUGGUUUCCGCGCUUUGCUGAGGAUUUAUCGUGCAGCAGUCACAGAGCUUUCACCUCUUUCACGAGCUCCUGAUCCUGAGGGAGUGUUGGUAGUUCCCCUUUGCCUUUCGGCCCUUUCGUUCCCGAGGCAAUGCCCAAAGUGAAGAGGAGCAGGAAGCCUCCCCCGGAUGGCUGGGAGCUGAUCGAGCCCACGCUGGACGAGCUGGAUCAGAAGAUGAGAGAAGCGGAGACGGAGCCACAUGAAGGGAAGAGGAAAGUGGAGUCCCUCUGGCCCAUCUUCAGGAUCCACCACCAGAAAACACGUUACAUCUUUGAUCUCUUCUACAAGAGGAAAGCAAUCAGCAGAGAGCUCUAUGAGUACUGCAUCAAGGAGGGCUAUGCUGACAAAAACCUGAUUGCCAAGUGGAAGAAGCAGGGCUAUGAGAACCUCUGCUGCCUGCGCUGCAUCCAGACUCGGGACACCAACUUCGGGACCAACUGCAUCUGCAGGGUCCCCAAAAGCAAGCUGGAAGUGGGCAGAAUCAUUGAAUGCACUCACUGUGGAUGCAGAGGCUGCUCUGGAUGAAGCCUUUUGCCAUCAAACUUGUUUUUUGAACUCUGAGGGACAUCCUCCUCCUCCUCAAUGGACUAUGAGUGCAAUUACAGCUGCUUUCUGUGAUGGGAUAUUUCUGUAUAAUAAUUAAAGCAGCAGCAUGAUCACCUGGAUUGUGUAUAAAUGGUGGGGGUACUUUUGAGUAGGGUUUUGUGUAGCCAUUUAUUUUAAAAUAAAGCUUGCCUUCCUGAGA